AUGCAGGCGAUGACGUGCAUGUUUUGGCCACCGCCAGCAAACACCUUCUUCACUGCACGGCGGCCACGUAGACUGCGCCCACGCGUACGUGUAGACCACAAGUUAAAAUUUCUCAGCAAGAUAUGUCCGGCGUUUCUGCUUGCUUGUCAUAGUGUUCAUGUAUUGCGGUUCCUUGUGCAUUUGCUUCAACGUGAAACAUGCUGCGUCAACGUGGUUCUUCACAGUUUGAGGAGCCACGACGACGCCGUGCUCGUGCUCAAGAGCGUCUGCAAGCUGACGCAGCACAAGCAUCUGUCACCUUGCCUCCCAGCUUGCCGCCUCGCGGAUGAGCAAAUACCUCCUCUCCACGCCUUGGUCUCCAGCGCGUAG